GCUGUUGGUUAAACUAUUAAACAAUGACAUAUUUACAUAAAUCCUUUUACGAAAGCAUUGACACAUGGAUAUGCAUAUAUAUAGACAUCAAUCAACGAUAUCAUACGUGUUCAUUACACUUAUAAUAUACCAUUUUGUAAAAUUGAGCAAACGAAAUUGAUCAUAAGUAUUUAAAUUGGUUUUUAGUUUACAAUAUUUCUUACGUAGAUCCGUCAAGUAAAUUUUUAUCUGAAACGAGAUUUGAUCUUUUGACCUGAUAACAUUAACAGAGAUUGUUGGACUAUAGAAAUAAUUGGUGAUUGGAGGAAUAUAGACGUGCGGACCAGAAUGGAUUCCUCCAACAAUGAAGCAGUGCCUGGCUGCAAUAAACAUAGAGUUACUAAGACUAUUGUUACCUCUCCUGAAAUUUAUAAACCCGUUGGACCUUACAGUCAAGCAAUAUUAGCCGACAAAACGCUCUACAUAUCGGGCGUGUUGGGUAUGGAUCCACAAGCCCAGUUGGUAUGCGGAGGCGCUGAAGCACAAGCUAAGCAGGCGUUAGAUAAUCUCAAGCACAUACUUGAAGCUGGUGGCUCGUCACUUGCGGGCGUCAUAAAGACUACAAUAUUACUUCUCAAUAUGGACGACUUUCAAGCUGUUAAUCAAGUUUACGCACAAUAUUUUCCAAAAGACUGUCCCGCGAGAGCUACAUAUCAAGUCGCCAAACUGCCUCUCGGCGCUGCUGUCGAAAUAGAAGCGAUUGCCCUCAGCGGAGACCUCGUGAUUGCUGAAGCGGGCCCCUGUCCGUGUGCCCGCAUUUAAAAUUUUAAUAUGAUAUAUUUCAUAUCCGUUAUGUACGAUGAACGCGGAUGUUACAGAAUUUGUCAACCAAAUGAUUCAAUGUAAUGUUUUGUUAUUUUUAUUAUUUUUUUAAAGGAUAUAUAUAUCAUACAAUUGGACUACCACAAACGCAUAAUUAUUAUAUAAAAAAAAAUUCUUAUUCUUAUUAUUUCAGCAAGUUUGUCUGUUCGGGUUG